ACCUGUCCUUUGAUUGGUCCGUAGUGAUCCUGCUGCCAUUGAAGAAUUUGGAGCCCGUGUGAAGGGGGUGUGUCUGCAGUGACAGUACACGCCUCUUAUAUAAAACGUAAUUUCUCCUAGUCGAGAGAUAUAAAAAAGGCAAAAUACACGGGAGCUGUUUGCUUAACCAAGGUCACGACUCAGCUUCGAGUACUGCUUUUCUGUACAAACGCUCGCUUUUAAUUUACGUGUGACAGGCGGAACGUUUUUUUUUUUUAAAGAAGGCGUCAAUAUCGAAGUAAUUCCUUAAUAAUCAUAAUCAACUGCACGUGUGAAUUCAUGUCUGUAUAUUCUGACCAAAUAUACUGCCCAGUGUUUGUGCCGUGCGGAGACAUGACUGAGGUGAUGAUCAGUAGCACCCCCAUGGAGGACAUAAGGCUCAGCCCCAGCAAGGACCGGCUCUCUUUCCAGAUCUUCCCGGACCCCUCGGACUUCGAGCGCUGCUGUAAGCUGAAAGACCGCCUGCCGUCCAUCGUAGUGGAGCCCACGGAGGGGGAAGUGGAGAGCGGUGAGCUGCGUUGGCCACCGGAGGAGUUCAUUGUCUGUGAGGAGGAGGAGAACCAUGGUAAAAGCCAAACAGGACAGCCGAUGCAGAACAACAAGCACUAGAAGCCAAACAGACCCCACCCACCCUCCUACACACACCAGCAGGAGAUCCCACUCGCACCUAACCACUCAAACAGACUGAACAGGGGCAGACAUGUCAGUGAUGCUCACUUUCCUUCCCUUGACACCAAAGCAUCACUCUCAAGAGAAGCAAUAUGCAGUACCUUAUCUACUCUCCAGAUUUCACCUCUGUUGCUUUACCUUACACUCACACUCCAUAUGCAUGAAAGUGUACACACACACACACACACACACACACACACACACACACAGUUUAAACCAACUUCAAAAUAGAGUCCCAGUUAAAUGGUAGCAGCUCUGGGCUUUAUGGACAAUUCUAGUACUGCAGGAUACUACAGUUCCCACACCAUUCGGUCAAAUCUGCUGGCCACAUGACUCCAGAGACUCCUCAUACCCAUAUAGACUACUGCUGUGGUACCCAAGCGGUCUUCUGUUUUUCAUACUUUCCUUCAGUAUAUGGAUUGAAAUAUACAUGACUGUGAUUGCCAUUGCAGUCUAUGGAUCUCAUAGCCAGUCUUUAAAAGUCAGGGCUUGUGCAUAGGUUGGUGGGGUUUGUUUUGUUAGUUUCGGUGGAUUCUGGUGGUUGACAGGAAGUAGGGGUUACUGUCUAAACACAAGGAGACCUUUGGUCUCCGUUGGGUAAAGUACUAGUUUUUUACACUGAGAUGGAAAGAGAGGAAACGCUUCCCUAAUUCUGUAACAAUGAAUAAUAUGUACAGUAUGUUAUGAAGGCUGGUUGUGCCCUGAAGCACUCAUGUGCUUUUAUUUUGUUCUUAUUGUGUACCCCUGAUGUCAUUGGAUAGGUAUUGGAAGUGGGAGACAGUAAGAGUCUAAAUAUUUUUGAGAUUAUGUAGUGAUUUAAAACCAACAGUGUCACUAUAAUGGACAAAGACUCACUGAAGGACAUGUAAAUAUAUGUUUGCCCUCAGAACCAAUACCUGAGGUUACUGUUGAUGGUUGGUUUAUUUUAUUAUUGUCGCAAAACAUUCAUGAGACUAAAAUUAGUUCUUGGUUAUUCUCACCUGAGCUCAGAGUUCCCUAAUCUAGUCUUCCUUUUCUUUUGAAAUCCAUGAUGGGUAUGUCAGCCUCAAUGUUCAAAAAGUAAGGUAUAACAUGAUGCGUGGUCAGUGACUUUGCCAGAUAACUUUUGUAAAUUUCUGAAGCUCCAAUUUUCCAGUUCAUAAAAUUGGGCAUUGGUUCAUGGACUCUGCACUGUUACUAACCAGUCCUCAAAAGUAGCUUAAUUUUCUGAUCUUGAAAACAGUUACCGGUGUCUGUCACUUUGUCAAAGUUAGUUAGUUGGCUAACUCAUUGAUCGUGUCUCAUAAAUUGCCACUUGGUUUGUAUGCCAUUUGAAUGACCAACGGUGGUUUGCUCUCUAUUUAUAUUCUACAUCACCAGCUCCAUGUCCAGGCUUCUUGGAAGGAUGUAUAUUGUUAAAAGCAUGUUGUUUUCUGCAGAAAAAACAACUUAUAUAUUUCAUUUAUGAUACUGUAUAUGAAGCGUUGUGUACGUCUCUCUCUCUCUCUCUCGCACAUUUAAUUUCCCUGUACAUGGCAUUAGAACUCUGUACAGAAUAUCUCUGUCUCUCUCUGCUGUCACCCACAAGUCCUGUGUAGUUUUUGUAAAGCUCAGGGAGAUUAGCUGCCAUUUUGCUGUAAUUUUUUGUAUUUAGACCACUUUACUCUGAACAGAGGUUGUAAAUAAACAUUUGAAUUUGCUUUCAA